UCUGCUCCGGUAACCAGGCGAAAAGUUUGCCCAUUUAGAUCCGGACCGUCAAGCUCGCAAGAUGGGCUCAACCCUCUUGGUCGUUUCGUCGCUCGCGACGACAGCAUUGCUGCUACUGCUGUCCGUGGCAACGCCGGCCAAAGCCGGCCUCAUUCAAGCUCCCGAACUGACCGAACUCUGCGAUGGACAACCUUGUUUGAUAUCUUCGCUACGCCAGAAGAGACAGGAUCCGCCCGCGGAAGGUGCUCCACCGGCGGAAGGUGCUCCUCCGGCGGAAGGUGCCCCGCCAGCCGAUGCAGCUGCCGCUCCACCAGCCGAUGGUGCCCCAGCUCCAGCCCCGGCAGCCCCUGCUGGCGGCCCUGCUGCCGAAGGAGGCGCUGCGCCUGCACCGAUCGCGGGACUAAGCGAUAUUCCGUUGCCACCGGUAACGCAGCAAAUGCCGAAUCUACCGAAAAACUUCCCCUACCCAGACGUUAAGGUGGUCCAGGAGGUUCCGAUCCCGACGAAGCCCCGCAAGAAACUCAUUCCCGGAGGCGCCAAUCCCAAUCCCUAUCCGUUUCCCUCGAUUGGUCCCGUAGAUCCGCCACCAUUCGAACCCGUCCCAACAGCUCCGAUAGAACCAGCGAGUCCCGUCGAACCUGAACCCAUCGAGCCGUCUGUUCCCUUAGAGCCGGCUUACCCCAUCGAGAAGGAACCGUACCCGGUUCCGGCCAAACCCGACUGCAAACCCGGAGCAGCGGUCGGUGGUUACGGUCCACCCCAGGAUUGGCGCUUCCCGAAGGCUCGCGGCCACAAGAAGUGUCCACCCUCCGCCGUGCAACCCAACUCCGUCAUGAGCAACGAAGUCGCGGGCUACGACGCGGGCAACGACGUGGCGCAGGCCCAACCCGAGGACGUUUCGGUGAACCUGAGGACCGUGGAACGGGACGAUGAAGCUGGUGGCGACCACCACACGACGCUGCACCCGGCCAAAGGCUCGGCAAUGUCCGUGGCUUGCUCGAUGGGGACGGUGCUGUUUGCCGCGGUGUCUUACUUUUUGAACGUUGCCAUUUGAAAUUAGUGAUUUUUGUUGGUACAAAUAAAUGAAUUCUAAAACCCU